AUGCACUUAGUAGCACUUGUUUGGUACUGGGGAUUGGCUUAUGCUCAGUUGGGCUUGUUGGACCAGCUGCCGGUUAAACAAGUUUCCUUGACUGGCUUGAAAAUACCGCAACCUAAUCUGAAAGUAGGGACUAGGUCGGUGGCUGCACGGAACUUGGAUAAUCAUCCGGAUUUGGAAAGGACCUUUGCUCGGUUUAAGGAAAUCUUGUUUGUGACUGUGCCGGGGUUGGGCCCGGAAUUAUCCUCAUUGGUGAAGACUGCCCAGGAAACUAAUCCUCUUACUCCCGUCCUUACUUAUUUGCCCGAUCUUUCUAAACUGUUGCGUAGGCCUAGUAAAGUGGAGAAAUAUGAGAAGGUCUUGGGGGUACCUGCAGUCAUUAAACAGCGAUUGCUGAGUACGGCUUAUCCGGCCUGGUUUUCUGUCCAAUCUGCUCAACCAGAGCCGGGUGAUUUGAACUUGACUCUUAAAAACAUGGUUUUGUUGCGCGGUCUUUGCUUACUAUCUAAUUAUGUAAUUGUUAAUGAUUACAAACAACAGGAUCUCAUUACGUCUUUCUUUGGUGUGCCGACGCGCAAGAUCAUUGUGGCUCAAGGUGAGCGUAAAGUUGGGCCCGAGGUGGUCUUAAAUGAACUGGAGAACACAGGAAAGUUUAAAGUGCCUAAUGGGCUUUAUGUUCUAUUCAGUUGUAGCACGAUGCAUAUUAAUGUGCAGGUGACCAAGCACGCUAUCACUAAGAUUUACUUGCGGUCGAUUUAUGAAAGACCCUUGCAUGAUCGCCUGGUCGUGAAACGAGGUGCGUACAACCGAAUUAUGGAUGAGGUCUUUAUUGAAAUCUCUAAAAACCAAGUUCGGCUGGAUACUGAGUUGCCUAACGUUAUUAGAUAUAAGAACAAACAACUAUCUUUAUUUGCUAUCGGUGUGACCGCGAUUGUUAAUAUCAAAACAAUGAAAAUUAGCUUGGUCUUUAUUAGUGAAACUCGUCAUGGGGCGGGUUUAAUAGUUCCUAGUUCUAGUUCAUUGAUUAAGUGGAGAUUGGCGGCGGAUGAUAAUCCGUUUGCUGUUAACCAUCCUUUGCUCAAAGUAUCUAUUGAUGGUAAGUCCGCCUUUCUUUACAAUCGCCCCCGGCGUAAUUUGGCUGAGCCUUUUGAGUUCCUAGCUAAUCCAGUUCAGCGUAAUCCUUUGUGCCGUGUUAAUGUGGAUGCAGAUUUCACGCUCAGCGGGUUUGGUCUGGCUAGUAAACACUUUGUACGCAAUAUUCUUCCUGAUCAGCGUUUCUUUGUUACUUGCCGGCCCGUUGAACCGGGGUGCCAAAUCGAUGAGAACUUUACUGCGCGUCUGAUUCACUACUAUCUUUUAGAAGUCCCGGCUCGUGAUAUCUUAGCCGUUGUGUCUCAGCCUAAGCUCUUCCAAACCAAAGGUAUUGAUUUACGUAAUUCCUUCCCGAUCAAUCUGCAACCUACCCGGCUUGGCCACCGUCUGCUUAUUCACUUCCCUUGGGAGUUCAGUAUAAUUCCUUCAAUUUGGAUUAACCCUCUUCUUCAGAAGAAGAAGUACACUAUUGUGUCGCCUUCUAUUUUCACUAAGCGCAUUCAUGCUAAGAACGGCAUUCCUAAAGAAAGGAUUCAUGUGGUUCCCCACGGUGUUUCCUACUACACCAUGCAAAUAGAACAGAAGAUCAGGCGAAGACAGCGCAAAUACGGCAUUGCCCAACUCUUCCAUGCCCCUAAGCACUAUACCCGUUUUGUUUGUAUCAAUGGAGCUAUGGCCCGUAAAGGACUAGAUUUAGUCGUUCGGGCCUUCACUAAAGCCUUUACGCAUAAAGACAACGUUGUUUUGCGUCUCCACUGUGCUUAUGGCGAUCCUCCCAUCUUUAAUACUAUCCACCGAUUGCUUUGGGAAAACCAAAGGGCUAAAGGCCCGCUUAUCAUCUACACUCGCAACUAUCUCUCUCAAGAUACUAUUCGCGCUAUGCUUUCUGCCUCUCACUACAAUGUGUCUCCCUACCGCGCCGAAGGAUUUGGUCUUUCCAUUCUAGAGGGUAUUGCUCUGGGCUCCAUCCCCAUCACGACCAAGUGCCAGCCCGCUACGGAGUUCUGUUCCAGCCAGUGCACGUUCUUCAUUCCGUCUAAGAAGACCCAAGGUCGCAGCUACCCAGUGAUCACCCACCCUAAUGGUCGAAUUACUAUGUUCGACUGUCCGAUCAACAGCUAUCCGCGCUGGAACUCUCCCGAUCUUGAUGCCCUUGUUCAGCUACUACGCGAAGCCCAUCAACUCCGUCAAAAAGAUCUUCCAGCCUACCAGAAAAUGAGAGCUGAGUGCUUCAAGUGUGCCAAAGCCAAAACCUGGGCUCUUGAGCUCACUAAACUCAAGAAAGUCUUCUUCAAGCUUACUCGCCCCGCGCACACUCAAUCCAAAUCCUAA